GAAAGAUGGCGGAGGAAGAGCAAAGAAGAAAGAUCCCUUUGGUUCCAGAAAAUCUCCUGAAAAAGAGGAAGGCUUAUCAGGCCCUCAAAGCCACCCAGGCAAAGCAGGCACUUUUGCAACGGAAGGAGCAGAGGAAAGGAAAAGAGAUCAGGUUUAAGCGACUGGAAUGGUUCCUACACGAUGCCUGGCGGCAAAAACGUGACAAGGUACGCCUCACACGACUAGAAGUGAAACCUCAUGGUUUGGAAGUGCCAGAUGAACAUUCCUUGGCCUUUGUUGUACGUAUCCAAAGGAUUAAUGGGGUGAGUUUAAUGGUGCAGAAGACCAUUGCAAGGCUUCGUCUGCAGAAGAUUUUCAGUGGUGUUUUUUUCAAAGUGACCCCCAAAACCAUGAAAACACUGCGUGUAGUGGAACCUUAUGUGACCUGGGGAUUUCCAAACCUGAAGUCUGUCCGAGAACUCAUCUUGAAACGUGGACAAGCCAAAGUCAAGAAUAAAAUUAUCCCUUUGACAGACAACACAGUGAUUGAGGAACAUCUGGGGAAGUUUGGUGUCAUUUGCUUGGAAGACCUCAUUCAUGAAAUUGCCUUCCCGGGGAAGAAUUUCCAGGCGAUCUCAAGGUUCUUGUGCCCUUUCCAUCUCUCAGUUGCCCGUCACGCUACCAAGAAUAGAGUGGGCUUCCUCAAGGAAGUGGGCUCACCUGGCUAUCGAGGUGAACGCAUCAAUCAGCUCAUCCGGCAGCUGAACUAAACCCAGCACAAUGCAUUGGAAGCACGUGUUUGUUUUUGGGAAUUAUUAUCCAGUAUCUUCAAAGAAGAUUAUUUUCUGCUGUAUCUUCAGAAACUGGAGAGGAUGAAGAUUUAGAGAAAAGAUGAUAUUCCUGGCAGGCACUUCUCAUCACAGCCCAGUUCCAAAGGAAAAGUCCCGGUGUUUUCCACAUUGGCUGCUGUGGUCAUCUCUUAAAUCAGCAAAGGACUCAUGCCAUAGAGGAGGGGGCCUGUUCAUCACAUCUUCUGUCCAGGGGUUUGAUGUUUGUGGAUGAAUACCCAAGCAUGAAUAUAAGACGGCAGUGAACCAAGCCCAGGGGCAUACUUGAAGCUGGGGGUACCUAAGGCCUUGUUUUGUAAAGAACUUAAAAUACAGUUAAAUGAGCACACACACA